CCCUUAACACAUUUUGUAUUUUUCAGAGAGGAUGGAGAAGCCAAUACCUAAGUGGCUCGACAGCGAGUUUCUGGCUCAAUGUCUAAAGACCGAGAUGAACAACGAAAACGUUGUCAUUGCAAGCUUCAGUAUAUCACGGGCAGCUCCACCUGGGGAUAACUAUAUCAGUUGCCCAUUUAGAAUAAAAAUAAUGUACAAACACCACAUUAAGGACAAAGAUUUCUACUUCAAGUCUCUGAUAAUCAAAUCCGAAGCAACAGACUGUCAGAUGAAAGAUGUUGCAGAAUCGCUAGAUUUUAGUGAACCUCUAUUCUACAACAAGUUUCUUCCUGAAGUUAUCAAACUGGUGGAAACAUCCAUAGUCCCAAAGAGUUUACCGUCGCCGUUAUUCUCCAUAGUGGUGCUGGAAGACCUGCGUGACCUCGGUUUCAAAAUGGCGAGUAAAAGUAAGAAGUUGGAUUUUGAUCACAGUGUCUUGUAUAUAAAAGCUGCGGCUAAUCUUCACGCGGCCUCUGUGGUCAUCCACAAAGACGAUCCAUCACUUGUUGAGACAAUUGGGAAGGAAAAGAUGUUUGCUAACGACUUGGAGAUAGCAACCUUGUUAAAAAGCUUAAUAAGGAACGGGUGUAAGUGUUUAAUCGAUUGUGUUGGAGAGAUGGAGCAGUUCAGAAAGUACCGCAAAUUACUAAAAGAUACUUCAGCCAUCCUUUGGGAUCUUUUAGUGGAGGCAGUAAAAACCCAGAAGUUAUUGAACACCAUAAAUCAAGGAGAUCCCUGGCUGACAAACAUGAUGUUUAAGUACGACGAAAAGGAAAAGGUCAAGGAAAUAAGACUCCUUGAUUUCCAACUCCUCAGGUAUGGGUCUCCUGCCAACGAUUUGGUAUGGUUCAUUUGGUCAAGUGUAAGUCAUGAUGUUCGAAGAAACAGGCUGGAAGAUUUAUACCAAAUUUAUGUAGAAACGUUCAAUUGCAAGUUGCGGGAGUUCCGCUGUGAAGAUGUCACACUUGAUUAUAGUCACUUUAAAGAAGAGAUUGACAAGUUAAGCACUCUGGCUCUUUACAUAGUUGCAGCGUUUCCAAUUUUCAACAGUGAAAAAGCAGUCGUCGAUUUAAGUCCCUUUUUCCUGAAGGAAAAUGAAGAUGAAGAAGCCCUGAAAAUUUACAAAUCUUACUACAACGAAGAUUACUGCAACAACGAGGUACCCCGGUUCUUGGAGGAAAUGGAAAUGGCCGGAGUAUUCAGUCACCUACAGCGAUGCCACACAAAUAUAAGUUGACUUUUGAAAAUAAUUCUCAUCCUAGAGUGAGGGGACAAACUUGAUUGAUGACUAAAAUACAAGCAUCGCUUUAUUUUAAAUAAUACACUCUCAGUCAUUACAUCUGACAAGGUUUUACCAAAUCAGUUAUCAUGUUUCAAAAUGUAUUUCCAUGAUAUAUUUGUACCACAGUUCGAUUUUUCAAUCUCUUAAAUUGCGAUAGCAAAUUUACAACGUAAAUUAAGUACGUUAAGUACAUACUAUAUAGUAUAUUAUUAUUUUGAAGAAUGUUUUAUUUGUUUCAUUUAUUUAAUUACAAUAACUUUACUGUAGUCCGACAGAAAAAUGUAAAAUAUGUUAAUUAUGUAGUUUUAACUGGAAAUAAUUCGUUUUUUGGAAUAAAACAAAACAAGUUGUAAAAACAUUGACCAAAAGUGAUGUUCUCAUAUUUUUUAGCAACAGGACUUGUAAACAAUGUAAAAAUAUAUUUAAAUUUAAGGAAGUCAUUUGUCCAUCGUUCUUCAUGAAGAUUAGUUAAAAUAGUUAGAUAUUUAUUACUUUUACAAUUUUUAAUCGCAUUAAUAACACAAUAAACAUUUUAUUGGAUUUUAA